AUAAAAUAUAUUAUUGUUGGUAAUACCAUAAAAGAUCUUCACGUGAUUUACAUUUUGAAUUAAAAAAUUUAUAAUUUUAAUAUAUCUAUUAAAAGUUGUAAAUAUAAUAAAAUAUUAUAUAAUAGAACAUUAAGCAAAAAUGGGAAAGAAUCAAAGAACACGAAGAGUUGUUAUGCAGAAAUUUGCACAAAUGAAAAAAAUGAUAAGCUUAAGAGAUUCAAGAAUAAAACCUGAACAUCGUAUACCACCAAAAAAAAUUAAAAAGGAAGAUCCUACUCAAUUCAAGAUAACAGAAGUGCCUCAACAAUCCUCUGCAUUAUUUUUCCAAUAUAACACACAAUUGGGACCACCAUAUCAUAUUUUGGUAGAUACAAAUUUUAUAAAUUUCUCAAUUAAAAACAAAUUAGAUAUUAUAGAAAAUAUGAUGGAAUGUCUUUAUGCAAAAUGUAUUCCAUAUAUAACAGAUUGUGUGAUAGGUGAAAUGGAAAAACUUGGUCAAAAAUAUAGAAUAGCUUUAAGGAUUAUGAAAGAUCCUAGAUUCGAAAGAUUGAAUUGCAUGCACAAAGGUACAUAUGCAGAUGAUUGUAUUAUUAAUCGAGUGACUCAACACAAAUGUUACAUUGUUGCAACUAAUGAUAAAGAUCUAAAGAAGAGGAUACGAAAAAUACCAGGUGUACCUAUAAUGUAUGUUUCUCAACAUAGGUACACUAUAGAAAGAAUGCCAGAUGCGUAUGGAGCACCUAGAAAAUAAUCAUGUUCUUAAUAUUAAAAUUUGUACAAGCAUACAUAAUAAAACAUGCAUUUUAUAAGCAAUUUUUGAUGAAAGUAAACAUGAAUUUUUGAUGAAAUGAUU